AUGGCCCACAAGCGCAAGCGAUCCGUCUCCGAGCUCUGCGCCUCUCCCUCAUCAGUCUCAUCCUUCGACUCUCCUCCUCGACUCGGCAACUCCAUCACUAAUCCUUUCGCGAUCAUGGCAUCGACGCCAAUUCAUCUUCACAGUCGAACUAUGAAACGAUUUCGCGAUAAUCGACCCUCAGAAGAGACAAUUCAUCAGCGUACACUCAAUAUGCUUUACUCUGCACAGAGCCAGCAUCAACACACUGAGCUUCCAUCUGAGAACAUUCAAUCACCACCUGAACCUAGUCGACCCGAAUCAAACCAACAAUCUCUUCAUCGAUUUUGGAACAUCUCGUCAGCGCCUUCAGCUUCGAUCACCAAUCUGGGCCAAACACAGCUUGCCCCUUCUAACUGCGACGACUGCGGUGCUGGUCUCAACAGUGGUGAUGACGGAAUGGAUAUCGAUGGUCUUGAUAACGAAGAUCAUUCGUGCGGUGCCUGUAGAAAGCAUGUUUGCUUCAGCUGUUCUGUGAGCAACCUUGGCGAACAGAGAAGAUGCCUGCAAUGCGCCGGUCGAAGCGAUCGACCUACACGCGCGGCAUGGAAUGGAGUCACUGCAUCAAUGUUUUGAUUGGAUAUUGUAUAAAAUUGGGCAACGGGAAAGGAUCAGCGACACAUUUUGGGUUAUUACAACGGCGUUCAACUGGGGGUAGCAUACAGGGGGGAUACCGUUUGCACCAUUGCUUCGAAUAGCAUCAUCGGCAGGCUUUGUGCAACACGUUUACAUAGGUAGUUAGCAUCACGCGUUUUCGUGUAACAUUUAACGACAGAUACAUGUCAAAAUAACAUAAUCAACCAACU